AUGACGACCAGAUAUCGUGUGGAAUACGCCCUCAAGACCCAUCGACGGGAUCAAUUCAUCGAAUGGAUCAAAGGAUUGCUGGCCGUCCCCUUUGUCCUCCUCUCCCAACCCACCAAUCUCCAUGAAUCCGACAAACCUUCGGUCGAGGAAAUGGCCUCGACCGCCGCUUCCCGCUAUGCUCAGAUCAUGGCCGAUGUCGAAGCUCUCAUAGCAGACCACAUCGCCCAUCAGAACAUUCCCGGAAGCAUCUCCAAACUCAAACUGCUGGUCCCCAGUGUGGGAACCUUCUUCACCCCCUUACCACUGCAAGCCGCCUUUUCCCAUCAAGAUAAUCUCCGUCGCAUCUCCUCCCGCCGCUUCGUGGCUCCUUCCUUCAACGACAUCCGCAUCAUCCUCAACACCGCCCAAUGCCUAUCUCUCACUUCCAUCUCCACCCCCCAGUCCCCUUCCCCCGCCCUCAUCACCUUCGAUGGAGACGUCACCCUCUACGAAGACGGCCAAAAUCUCUCCCCCUCUAAUCCCGUCAUCCCACGCAUCCUCGAUCUCAUGUCUCGAGGAGUCAAAAUUGGCAUCGUCACAGCCGCAGGCUACACAUCCGCCUCAGCCUACCAUGCUCGUCUUCACGGUCUCCUGGAUGCGAUCCCCCAAGACACCCCAAGUCAGUUGGUCGUCAUGGGCGGCGAAGCAAACUUCCUCUUCCAAUUCAACCAUUCCGCGGAACAUAAACUCGACUUUGUCCCCGAAUCCCAAUGGCAUUUACCAGAAAUGUCCGCCUGGACCGAACCCCUAAUCACCUCCCUCCUGGACACCGCCGAAGCGGCCCUCAACAACUGCAUCCUCAGCAUGUCCCUCCCCGUCUCCGUGCUGCGGAAAUCCCGCGCUGUGGGAAUCUACCCACCCCCCGGCCACCGGCUCUCCCGCGAACAACUGGAAGAAACUGUCCUCGUCACGCAACGCGUGGUCGAAAUGAGCGAGGCCGGCAAGAAGAUUCCCUUUUGUGCCUUCAAUGGGGGAAAUGAUGUGUUUGUGGAUAUCGGGGAUAAGAGUUGGGGGGUGUUGUGCGUGCAGAAAUUCCUGGGGGGAGUCGAGGGACGGAGGACGUUGCAUGUGGGGGAUCAGUUUUUGAGUGCGGGGAGUAAUGAUUUCAAGGCGCGUUUGGCGGCUACUACGGCGUGGAUUGCUAGUCCUGAGGAGACGUGUGGGUUGUUGGAUGAGUUGAGGGGGUUGGGGCGUGCGUAG